ACUUCAAACUAUUUAUGAUUAAGUUCCUUUUUGACCUAGAUUUAGCUGUUGAUGCCUGUUAGCGCGAGGAAAAAUGCUGUUUGCUGUUUUCUUUGCUUUGAGUAUUAUGCUUGAAUCCGACAGCUGCAUUGAGUUCGUAUUUCCAUGUGGCCAACCAAAAAUAUACAUUGGAUAUCUAUGGAUUAACGCAACAGUUGUGCAUGUAAUUCCAAGAAUUCAAGCAGCCCCUGACAAACCCAACGAUAAUUUUGGAAACGUUUGUCGUUUCAAAGUACAUAGUCCUGAAAGCUCGCCAUUUUAUGUGGAAUUACUGGAUCAAAAAUAUGGAUUCGCUGAGUUGCGUGUCGAUCCAAAAGUGUCAUCUAAUAUCACAAAAAUGUCAUCAUUCAUUCUGGAAAUAGAAGCGAGCGACUGUGAUGAACAUUCUCCUACAACUUCACGAGUUCCCAUUCAAAUACGAGUUAUAGAUCGUCAUGGACCUGUUUUUGAUAAACCUCACUAUAAUUUUAAAAUUGGUCAAAGAAGUCCAAUCGGUAGUAUAGUUGGUCAAAUCCAAGCUAUUGAAGAAGUGAACCAACCAAGAGAGUAUUCGAAUACUGCCAUUUGUAGUUAUCGUCUUGAGCCUGUUGAUAGUCCGUUUUCUAUCAAUAAUUAUGGUGUUAUACGUGUACGUGAAGCACUUUUAUCUCUUGCACAAAGACCUUAUUCACUACAAGUUAUUGCCGAGGAUUGUAGUCGUCCAGUACCACAUAGAGCAUCAGUCAGUGUAACAAUUGAACAAAUUCUUCUUGAUUGCAAACCAGGCUGGAAAAAUUUACCAAGUGAUAUUGAAUUUCUUGGAUCUGAAGAAAAACCUGAACGUUUAUUUAUGCAUUCGAGUUUACACCUGGAGACAUGUACUGGUCCAUGUGCUAAUCCAUUUAUAGAAGCUCGGUUGGAACUUAGAUCGCCUGUAAUCGGUCAGAAUCUCGUUACAGCUAAUCCACAAUCCUGUCGACAUGAACCAACAAGUAUAAAAAGACAGCAGAAAUUUUGCGGUCUCGAUCCAACAACCAUUACAAAUCUCCUUCCUGAUCCUGAGUAUGAUUUAGUGAACCAGUUGAUUGGACCAGUGCUGAAUAGUCCACCACGUUUAAUUCCAUCAGUGCUUGCUUGGCGAUUUGAUCCAACUUUAUCGACUGUAUGGGAGAUUGAUGCAGAUCGAUUGUUCAAUAAUACAAGAUUACCAAUUAAGUGGGAUUCAGAUUUUACCAUAUCAUUUUGGCUUAGACGACAUCAUUUUCAAAACAAUUUGAGAGCAUCAAAUAAUGACGAGAAUGAAGAAUCAAUACUUUGUAGCCAUGAUAACAUUGAAUCCGAAUGGAGGUAUUUGUCGAUCAAUUUACAUGGAUGUCGAUUUAUAGUAAGGAUUAUGUCGUCCACAAGUAGUGAACUGAAAAAAUCUACACUUUUUAUAUUCGAUCCGUUACCAGAAGAGAUUUGUUCUCAUACUACCGGUCAUGAUGAUGGAAUAUGGCAUCAUUAUGCAAUCACAUUCAGUUCAUCGUCAUCAUCUGCAAUAAACAACGAUCCGAUUACCAUUUUAAUAGAUGGACAAGAUUUGGAUAUUAAGGCCAUGCCUACUGUUUAUGAAUCAUUACAAACCGCUUCAAAUCCUUUCAGCUAUAAAGGAAAACCGAGACUUACAAUUGGUGCAUGUUAUGAUCCUCAGACACAUUUAACAAGACAACAUUUACAUGGUGAUUUGACUGGUUUCACAUUAUUACAUGAAAAAAUUGAAUCCCCGAAUACGUUAAGAUGUAUUAGUCAAUGCGGUGAAGCUUUACUUAUUCCAAAUGUUAUGGAGGUAUUAUGUCCAGAUAUUGACAUACAUUUAGAGAAUGAUUUAAUUACCGUGAGCGGACAAAACAUAAUGCAUUUGACUGAUGUACUGACUUCAAUUUCUUAUGCUAGACCACAACCAGGAGUUAGUGUGAAUUAUGUACCUAAUGUGGCACAAUCUCGUCUAUUGAGAUUAUUAACAUCAUAUAGAUGCUCAGGAGACCAGUCAUUUGUCAUACCAACUGCGGAGAUCAGGUUAAAUGUUCUACCUAUGACGGUUACGGACAUCUUAAGAACAUCUCAUCAUGACUUAUCCGACCAAAUCUCUCAAUCAACCAAGGAUACUUCUUUAUGGGUUCCUGCUAAUAUGCAUGUUCUUGAUCGCCCAGGUCUAUCUCAGGCUAUAGUGGGAACAAAAGCCAAUUAUGAUAAAAAUUCAAGACCACUUCAACCUCCAUCGUUAAUAAUUCUUGGGUCAGACAUUGUAACCACUGAGCCACCUAUUAAUCCACCUGGAAUCCCUUUAUUUUCAGACCUUCGUUUUGGGCUUCCAACAGAACGAGUUUCUGAUUCAUCGAGUUCUUCCCAGGUUGCUGCAGGUGUACCACUGGAUGACUGUUUUGUAUGGCUUAUCUCAACUGGUAAUCCGAUCAGUUUAAAUAUAAGACCAAAAUUAUAUGAAGAAUAUGGUGCACGUAUUGACUGGCCUGUAGAUGAAACUCAAUCAAGUCAAUUAAUUGGUCUAGCAGAUCGUACUGGGAUACAACUGAGAGGACGUAAACCUGCUUUAAUCUAUGCUAACCUAUUACAGAAAUUUCGAUUUUGGCCACCAAAAAAUAUUCGUUCAGUGCAACUAAUGGAUACAAAUAAAGAAAUAAUUUAUAUGGCCAAUAUUGGCCUAAUGUGUAGUUUAGACAGUGGGAAGCAAACAACACCUGAAUUUGUUGUCAAAAUUAUUAUUCAAGGCAAAGGGUCAGAAACAGCAUCGCUUAUCAAUGAAGUAGGUGCAUUUAUUUCAAAUCGAUCUUUGUCAUCUCGUCCAAAUCCUGAUGCAGUACAUUAUGUACUAUCCGAUCAAGAACGUAUUGAAUCUGGUGACAAAUCGUUAAACCGUCUACGCCUUAUUAAUCCAAUUGAUUAUGAAUAUGGAACUAUAGAUAGAAAGCCUCAGUACAGUUAUACUGGAUUAGUUAUUGGUUUAUCAGUUUCUGCUAUCAUAUUAGGGGUAUUAAUUGGUACAGCUAUUUGGUAUAUACGAAAAAAUAAACCACAACAUCAUAAGAAACCAACGCGUCGUAGGAGAUUUGCAUCACAACCUGCUGAUUUUGGUGGUUCUAAUUUAAAAACAGAUCCAACUCUUAGACUUACAACUAAUCCCGUAAAUGAUUUACAGUUGAUGAGUAUGAAAAUUAAAUCUAUGCAUGGAAUAGAUUAUUCACUACAUUCAACACCUACACGAAAUCAUUGUAUUUAUUCCCCACCAUUGACAACACAACGAGUUAAUCCAUUUAAUAAUACAUCAUGUGAUGAAUUAUCUGGUUCCAUGUAUUCACUUCCAAAUCAAACACCAAGGCUAGCUGAUCUUGAAGAGUUUGAAGAUGAAAAUUAUGAAUAUGACGAUGAAUUGGGUAGUGUAGAUCAAAUUCACAAUCCUAAAUAUUGGAUUACUGGACAAAUAUUAAAAAAUAAUUCUACUAAAACUUCAAUUAUAAAACCACAUGUUGAUCAAGAACAAAUAGAAAAUUUAAAAUCUUUUUGUCCAAAUAAUUCUCUAAUAAAAUCAGAUCGUUAUGAAUGGAUUGAUAAUGAGUUGGAUACAAAUUGGCAUGAAAAGAUUCAUGAGAAUCAUAAACAUGAAUCAAAAUCCACCGAAUUAUUUACUCAAACAGGUCAAUUAAAUCAGAAUAAAAAUAUGAAUCAAACUGUUCAUGUGUAAAAAAAAAACAAUUUAAUUUUCUUCAAGAAAUGACAUAUUCCUCACUUGAAUGUGUAUUCUCAGCUUUCAUUAUAGUAAGUCUGUAUGUCCAUACAGUUACUUUUACAAAUACCAUUGUAAAAAAAAAAUUUAUACGCUGAUUUAUACGAGCCUAUGGACAAAUACUAGAAAUCAUUUAUCUAUGCAUCCAUGCUAAUAUACAAAAAGACAUCCAUAUAAAUAUGAUACAUUUUUUCCCACUGUCUUACUGUCCAAAAUAUUAACCCUUCCUAGUAGUUAUGUAACUUUAUACACUAACACCUAUACAUGCUAACAAUAGUGAUUGUUCCAUUCUUUUCUCUGUUAUGCUUUUUGUUCUUUUCAUUUCUUCCACUAUAUUUCAUUUGCUACCUUAUUUACCUAGUCAUAUGCUUAGACAUUAUAAAUAACUAUUUUACUUUUAAAUACAAUUUCAUUUAUGCAAGUAGUUACAUAUACAGUUUUUUUGUUUUCUUUCAUUUAAAUAAACAAUAAACCUUGUUCAGUUCUAUAUUUAAAGACGAAUUAAACUGAUCUAUAUAGUGGAUAUCAUUUUGCAAACAAUUUCAUUUUAACUAUUAUGGGGUAAAAUGUAUUUCUAUGGCCUCUAUGUGCCACUAUUUGCCACUAUUUUAUUUUAUAUUAAUAAUAUAAAUAAAAAUUAUUUAGCAAUGUUAUUUCAAAAUAUACACUCAUUGUCUACUUAUUAUGAUACAUUUUUUUCCCUUGGUUUUUACUACAGUAACAGAGAACAAAUAGAGAGUAUGUUAUAUAGUUCAUGAAUAUUGUUUUAGAAAAAUUAAACCAAGUUUUUUUUUGCCAAAUAAAUCUCUUAUUUAAUAUUUUCACCAAUAUUCUAUUUAAAAAGUAUUCAUGAGUGUUUUUUUUUCUCAGUCAGGUUCUUUUUUUCGGUGGAUACAAUUGUUAACCCCACCUCUAACCAUUCUUUUUGGGUUGGAAACGGACAAUGUCUGUGGAAGGGCUCCAGGACAGGUUAAAAAGUAUAUAGACUAUGUAGAUUAUGUACAGUCCCGGAGUGGACAUCAGUGGACAUCCAGCUGACGAGUUCCGAAUAGGAUGAAACGCGCGUCCUGGAUUCCACUGCUAGCCAUUAUCCAUCUUUACUUAAAAAGCUUGUGACUUAAUGCUAUAUCAAGGCAAUGCGCACAGGAUGCACUUAUGCCAACUAGAGACUGAUCAAUUGCAGUCCUAAAUAACAAUGGGAAGAUACAACUAAAACAACACCAAGUGAAUUUAUUUAGAAUAUGAUUCAAGAAUCUUGCUAGAAAGAAUAACAAAUGACAGUCUUUCUUAAAUCGCAAUUUAUCAUUAUGCAGAAUAACUGAAGUUUUUUUCCAGUAUUUUAGUUACAUAUUACUCUUUGGAGCAACAUAAUUAUUUGUUUAAUCACAUUUUAAAAGUUUCCAUUUCUUUCUUGGUUUAGAUUGCAUUUUUAGGACAGAGAAAUAGUUUACAUCAUGGAUUAACUUUUUACACUGUGUUCAUUCAUUACUAAAAUAUAAUGAACCAAAACCAUGAACUUCCUGUUGUUAUAGUGACUACAAGAUCAUUCAACUACCUAAAUUAUAUAAAUAUUUAUCAUUAUAUACUACUCAUGUGUUUUAUGAUUUUUCACCACACUGACAACAAUAUAUUCACCUAAAUAUUUU